AUGGAUUCGAAUAAUCAAGAAGCCCGUAUACUCCUCGCUAUCGAAGCUAUUCAAAAAGACAAAAAAACAAGUAUUCGAAAGGUUGCAAAGAUAUAUAAUAUCUCGAAUACAACACUACAGCGUAGAAUUAAUGGUAUUACUUCUCGUUCCGAAUAUCGACCUAAAUCUUAUAAUCUUUCAGAACUAGAAGAGAAUAUCAUUUCUGAAUAUAUAAUUGAUAUGGAUUUGAGAGGAUUUCCACCUAAAUUAAGAAAUGUAGAAGAUAUGGCGAAUCAUAUUCUUGAAUCGAGGGGUGCAAAGCGCGUUGGGAAGCUCUGGGCGCAUCGAUUCGUAAAGCGUCGAAUCGAAUUAAAGACGCGUUUUAGUCGUGUUUAUGACUUUCAAAGAGCUCUCUGCGAAGAUCCUAAGCUUAUUGAAGAGUGGUUUCGAUUGGUUGCGAAUAUGCGAGCGAAAUACAGCAUUUUGGAUGGCGAUUUCUACAAUUUCGAUGAGACGGGCUUUAUGAUGGGUAUAAUAUGCCCCGGAAUGGUAGUAACUAGUGCUGAACGGAAUGGCAGAAGCAAGGCAAUACAACCAGGCAAUAGAGAAUGGGCUACAGCAAUCAUAUGUGGCAAUGGGGAGGGUGAAACUAUACCCCCAUUUCUAGUGGUUCAAGGACAGGUUCAUCUUUCCAAUUGGUAUACCGAAACCGAUUUUCCUGCGGAUUGGGCUAUUAAACCUACAUCUAAUGGAUGGACAAACAAUGAGACAGGUUUAGAAUGGUUGAAACACUUCGACAAGCACACUAAGAACCGAAGAAAGGGCAGGUAUCGAAUGUUGGUACUAGACGGGCAUGAAAGCCAUGAAUCAAGAGCUUUUCAAGCAUAUUGCAAAGAGAACGAUAUUAUAUGCUUAAGUCUACCACCGCAUUCAAGUUAUUUAACUCAACCACUUGAUGUGGGCUGUUUUAGCAAUCUGAAACGUUCAUAUGGUGGUCAAAUUGAUGGGUUUAUCAAGGCACAUAUCAAUCAUAUUUCGAAGGUUGAAUUCUUUAUAGCUUUUAAAGCUGCAUAUAAAGAAUCAAUCAUCUCUCAGAAUAUGAAAUCAGGAUUUCGAGGAACAGGUUUAAUACCAUUUAACCCUGAAGCCGUACUUUCGAAGUUAGAUAUUCGAAUUCGUACACCUACCCCUCCCUCUUUCGAUCUAGAUCAAUGGAUCUCUCAAACCCCUCACAACCCAACUGAAGCUCUUUCUCAAUCAAUUUUAGUGAAAUCUCGAAUAACCCGACAUCAAUCAAGCUCCCCUACACCUAUAUUUGAGACUGUACUAGCUCUAGCUAAAGGUACAGAGAGAUUAGCUCAUGAGAAUACACUUUUGAAUGCAGAGAUUCGUACACUUCGAAAGGCAAAUGAGGCAUUAAGCAAGCGUCGACGCGCGAAAAAAACCCAAUUACGUCAAGGAGGAGUACUUACUGGGCAAGAAGCUCUUGAUAUAUUAUCUCAACAAGAGGUUGAUAUUCAGAUUCAACGCGACGAGCGUCAAAAAGGGAGGAAUUCUAAUGAAGAAGCAUCUUCUAGUCGAUGCUGUAGUAAAUGCGGAAAGACCGGACAUAAUGCAAGAACUUGUCAAGAUAAUAUAAUAGAUCCUAGAUUAUUAUAA